UGGAAGUGGAACGCACGCGAACAGCGCGAACGUAAUUUUUAUCGUAGAUUUUGAUAAUUUAUCGCGAAUAAAUUUAGCAAUAAGUCUCGUGAACAAAUUUGGUAUCAUUCGCAAAUAAAUUUAGGUUCAAAACAGGUUUUAUUUCCAAACAGCAAACAGGCAAUUUUGAGAAAUGAAUUUCGUUUCUGCAAUUAGUGCUCUACAAAGCAAUCAAAGCAAGCCAUCCCCUUUCGAAUUGGAAUUCGAGCGUUUCCGGUUCGAUGGGUUAACGCCAUUUUCCAGCAAUUUGUCGAGAAAACCGGAAAGCAACGUCAAUUCAUCAAUCGAACUUGUAGAUCAAUGUCCCAUCUGCUACCGGAAGUUUUUCAAGGGUUUCAUUUUUGAGCAUCACGUGGCCAGUCACAGCAGAGAGAACUCGCUUCCAUGCCAAUUGGACGGAAAAGGCGAACCGCCUAAAACCACGCAGAUUCAGAACUCCCGUUCAAUAAGCUCAAAUGAAAGCGGCCCUUUGAAGUGCCACGACUGCGGAAAAACAUUCAACCGAGUUUCGUCCCUUCUGGAGCAUCGAAAAACUCAUUUACCGGAUGAUAGUUUCGUUUGUGCCCUCUGUGGUGCUGCAUUCGGUCAGAAGAUCCAUCUGAAAACUCACCUGGAGUCGGUCCAUCCGAAAGACAAACCGUUCGAGUGUUCGGAUUGCCGUCGGCGGUUCUCGAAGAUGGCCAACUUAGUCCAGCACCGGAAGGCAACGCACGACAUGAAAGGCGUCCAGCAAACGAUCGGUUUUCGGUGCGACAUUUGCAAUUGCGGAUUCGACAAACAACACUCGUUGCGGAUGCAUGAGCGGAAGGUGCACGGAAUCCAACGGCAGGAUGAUGCGCAGCAGAUUGCUACGAUUCCCGCGAUACCCCCGAUUCCGCCGAGCGUCACAACGCUGCUCAUCCCGGCGAUAGGAACAUCGGCCCUAGCCGUUGCCAAAUCUCGGGGGGAAGUUCCCUUCGCGGUGCUACACUUGAUGAAUGAGAUUCCGUUGAUUGUCCGAGUGAUAGAGCAGGGAAAUUGCACUGUUCUGAAGGCGGCGGAGAAUCGUGACUUCCGCGAAUCGCAGCGUGGUGGUCCAGGGCUAGAGGAGGCCAAAAGUGUCACCAUUGCUGUGGUCGCGACAAUCCGGCAGAGGAUCGAUCCGCACGGUGUUAUGUGUUACGAAAUUUCCGAACCGGUUUCGAACUACAAAGCGAACGAUAUUCCGCAACUGGAGCCAUGCAAUGAAGUGCUGCAGGAAUCGUUGGCCAGUGGCGAUGUGUACAAGACACUAACCCAACUGAAUGUCACAGAGGUGACUACCUCUUCGGGCGGGGCGGCGCCAAGGAGUGGAAGAUUGCCAGUUUGCCGACCACGUGAAGUGAACAGUUCCCUCCCUUCCACUUCGGGCAUCAACAAACUGAAGCGAAAGGUUACUCCAAGCAAGAAGAACGCAAUUUCCGCCCCGAUGAAGCGAAUCCCCCCGGCACAACCGAACGUCGUUACGGUGGUGGAAAAUGCGGCAGGCUACGGUGGUGCCCCGUUGCCAUUCAGUGAGCGCAACUUUCAAGACAUAGUGACGGGGUCCUUGCUGUCGCCGGAACGUAAAGCGAUCAGCAAGUCGAACCGCCCGCAGGAAGUGGUUCAUGUGGAACCGGACGACCCGUUCCGCGACAUUGAUGUGGUGGACCUCAUCCACACCGGUACCGAAAUGAUGCUGAGUGGUAUGGAUAUCGAUAUCGAAGAGCCCGAUCAUGGAAUUUACAUUCCGGCACUGUGAGAGGAGGUUUGG